CUAGCAUGAAGAAAGGACAUUUUGGCCAGAGCAAAGGUCGGCUUUGGGGAUUUUCCAUGGAGAUGGAAGAAGUAGUACGCCGUAUCAAGCUGGGUCCAGGCGGCGGCGGCGGAGGAGGAGGAGGAGCACGCCGUCGCAAGCUGGGUCCAGGCGGUGGAGGUGGAGGAGCCGACAUCAUCAGCGCCCUCCCGGAGGAUCUGCUUCUCCAGGUCCUCGUCCGCCUCCGCUGCGCCGGCGCCGCCGCGCGCACCAGCGUCCUCUCCCGCCGGUGGCGCGGCCUCUGGACCAGCCUCCCCGACCUCGUCUUCCGCGGCGUCGCGCUCGGCUCCCUCCAAGCGGCGCUGGCCUCGGUCCAAGCCGCGGCCGGGCCCGGGGUGACCCUCCUCGACAUGUGCGUUCCCGACGCGCUCCUACACUCCGUCCGCGAGUCCGACAUGCCCCCGCUGCUCCACGCCGCCGCGGCGCUCUCGCCGGUGGAGCUCCGCCUAGCCGUGGGGAAGGGCACGCAGCGCCUGUACCUGGAGGUGGAGGUGCCCCGCCUCCCCCGCGCCGCCUCGGUGGAGCUCCGAGGGCUGGAUCUCGUCUUCGCCGCCCCGCGCGGCAGCUGGCUGGGGUUCCCGGCGCUGGAGAGGCUCGCCCUCACCGGCUGCCGCGCCAACCUCACGGACCUGGUCCUCCGCUGCCCGCGCCUGCGCGUCUUCAGACUCAGGGAGGACCACGGCGCCCACCACAUGAACAUCAUCAUCAGAUCCUCGUCGCUGCAGGACCUGGAUGUGGACACCAGGAUCCCCUUCACCUACCGCAUUGACAUCAGGGCGCCCGCGCUCAAGCGAUUGGCCAUGUUGUUCAGCACCAGCGACAAGAUCAUUGUGUUGGUCUCCGUUUUGGCACCGAUGCUGGAGACGGUCUCAUGGCGCUGCACUUAUUCCACGGUGUCCGCCCGGCUUGGUCUUUGGGGCCUCUCCGCGGUGAGAUUACAGACGGCGGAGAACAAUGGGCAGCUUCCUCCUCAUGUCAAUGUCCUGUCGCUGUUCGCGGCUGCCGAUGAUUCAUAUGAUUUUCCAGAGGAAGUCAGCCUUAUGACGGAGAUAGAGAAACAUAUGGUUACCCAUUUCUCUGUUUUGGAGCUACAUGUCGAAACGUUGGGGCAUGUUUUUGGAGCAUUUGCAUUGCACAUCCUUGGAAUGGAUCAGAUUUCCACUGCUAUACAAAGCCUUAAAGUCAUCCUGCUGAGUUCAGAGGAUGAUGAAGCAUGCCCAGAGAAUUGCCCUUGUGAGGAGCCCAGUAACUGGAGAAGCCAAACUAUCUCCUUGACCAAUCUUGAAAAAGUGGAAAUCGAAGGCUUCCAAGGAGAAGGUCACGAGUUAGAUUUCUUGAAACUGGUAUUUAGAUGCGCACCAAUGCUGAAAACAAUGUCUGUGAGGCUGUCAGAUGAGGUCACAGCAAGUAACGACGAUUGCUGCAAGAAAAUACAUGACGUCUUCAAGAUGUAUCCUUUUGUGCAAUGCAAUGUGAUUGUGGAUCUUAGUCCUGAGUCAAGAGACAGCAGCUAUAGUGGUGCCUCGACAUGAUCCUCAUUGCCACAUUUGCCGAAUCAGGUACAGUUGGCCGGAGCUUUCAUGACGCCGUCGCCUCUGCCUGGAGCUCAUUGUGGCGUCAACUGGGUGCGAUGAAGCCUGUUGGAGCUGAGUUGUGUGCUUAGUUCAUUUCAUGCUCUGUACAAUCCUAAUAAAACUAGCUUCAGAUUCAAGCUGCAAUCUGGAAUAGUUUCUGUGCGUUUCGGAUGAGUUGAUCGCAUGGUUGUUGUCUGAACUUCAUGUAGUAUGAAACGGUUUGUGGCAUUCCCAUAUAUAUAUAUAUAUAUAUAUAUAUAUAUGAAGUGUUGGUAUUCUUGCCAAGGAAAUCAUGUUGUGAGAUCUUUG